CUUUGGCAUUUAGUGGCCAUCAUAAGCUGCUACACAAAUUGUGUGCAGUUUCUGCGCCAUCGGUAGUGAUUUACGUUUUGCUUGGAAAUUGCUCAGUUUUGCCAACUUUCUUGGAUUCAGGAGCGAAACAAGGGGCAGACCAGCAAGAUGAAUGCACCUUGUGCAAGAUGCAAGAAGACGGUUUAUCCGGUGGAAAAGCUUUCAUGUCUGGACAAGACAUGGCACAAAGGCUGUUUCACAUGUGAAACCUGCAACAUAAAGCUGACAAUGAAGACGUACAAAGGCUACAACAAACUACCGUACUGCAAUACGCAUUACCCGACUACACGUUUCACGGCAGUUGCAGACACCCCGGAAAAUAAACGUCUUGCUAAGCAGACAGCCAAUCAGAGCAAUCUGGUGUACCACAAGGAUCAUGUGGAAAGUCUGUCCAAGUUCUCUCAAGUUGCGGACACGCCUGCCAUGGAGACUUCCAAACGGAACCAGAUGAACGCCAGCCAAAUCAAUUAUGCCGCCAAGGCCCCGACUGCAAUUCCGCAGCAGCCGCCCCCAGGGUCUCAAUACGAAAUGGACCCAGUGGACUACAACCCAGAAAGCGAAUUGGAGACAGCACUUGGUUCUGUAUGGAGGGGAGCAGUUCAGUCCGGCGGUUACGAGCCCCCUCAGCACACUCAGCCCCCGCCAGCUGCCCCAGUUGCAGCACCCCCACCACCAUCUUCUGGUCCGAAGUACGUGGCUUUGUACGACUACGCAGCAGCUGAUGAAGACGAGGUGUCCUUCAACGAAGGUGACAACAUCAUCGACGUGACCAUCAUCGAUGACGGCUGGAUGGAAGGCAGGGUGGAGAGGACGGGACAGUUUGGCAUGCUGCCGUCUAACUACGUCGAGAUGCCUCGCUAGAAAUGCUGGCUGUAGAACGCUGAAUGGAGUCUCAAGACCUAGAAUAAUCCACCUUUUGCAACAUAGUGGCCAUUAAGAAUAGACCGAUUCAUUAGGCUCCGCCCCUUCACACACGAGAGGAAACAAAUUGUGCGCUUCUCCAGUGCCACACUAGCUGCGCGUGUCGUCCAGCAUGUGGACGCGUGUUGGACUUUCCUGACCCAUGUCGGACAUUGAUCACCGACUGUGAUUGGUUAAAAACACCAUGGGGGCGGGGCUUAACGAAUCGGUCUGUUGUUGACUGUUGUGAUGUCAUGCUAGCAGGUUGCCCAUUACGUAAUUAUUACGAUAUUAUUACGCACUCUUUGGGUUUCUCUCUCUCUCUCUCUAUCUCUCGUGCAGCGUAUCCACUGAACUUGGCCAUCACCUUGUUGAGAAUUCAAACGUCUUAAAAUUGGUCAUUGCCAGAGUUGAGUUUCAGUCUUGUUCCCGGAGUCAGUGUGCACUUGCCACACUUUAGUGUUAUUGUAGCUUGCCAGUCUAUUCAACUUGGGCCCUGGGACUGCCUAUCGAGCAAUUUUUGCAAGUAAAAUAAGACUCUUAAAUAAUCACUUCGGGCAAAGUCAAUGGCCAUUUAUCCUCAGUUUGAAGAAAAAAAACCACACACGCCAUGAACCAGUCGCAACAGUCAACAUUUGUUUUAUUUCCAUGUCUAAAACCUUUGCUUUUUUUCACCAAAAACAUUGUUAACCAACCCUUGAAAUCUGUCCGACACCCAAAAAGUUUGCGUGCCAAUUACCAGAUUGUUUUUGCAGUGGAGAAUCAUCAAUUCAUCUUUUGAAAUAAGAGUUUUUCCCUGUGUAUUUGAAGUGGUCACCUUUAUUACAAAAGUCGCCAGGAAGGCACUUUUUAUCUGUGCCUUCAGCGAGGUUGCUUUGCUAGAGUUCACUUAUUUGUCUAUUUUUGAUGAAGAUGAAAAUCAGGACUGCUUUUGUCUAGAUGUUGCUAAUUUCUCUGCAAAUGGUCAUGUAAGUGCAUACAUGUACGUGUUCAAUGUUUUUUGUUCCUAAUUCAGAAAUGUUUUAUGCGCAACAAAUUGAAUUGAAUUGGAAUUGAAAUGGCGUCUUCUUUUUUUCCAAUACUACAAGAUCAUUGUGUAAAUUGGAAGCCUUCCAAUGCUUAUUUGUGCUUUCAGGAAACUGAAAAUGGCAUUUAUGUUCAAGAGGAAGACUCCUUGAACUUUUGGCACUUGUGCCAGGAUGUGCGGCCAUUUUUUUUGGCAAAAGGUUUGGUGCUAAAAUUAGACUGUUCCAACUGUUGCGCCCUUGACUUUGAGUAAAAUACAUCAUUCUUAUCUCUUUGCAUGAGAACUGCAUGUCAAAUUGAACACGUCGGAACAUUAGAAUAAAUGAAACUUAAUUGUUGGGUUUUUUUGGGGGGGGGGGGAGUUUGAGAGUCUGGCAUGGUCACCGAGGAAUUUGAGCUCAUGACAAUGAUCAUUGUUUGUCUUUUAUUUUUUUUUGCAUGUAAACUUGAUACGAACGGUUGUUACAUCAUAGUAUAUUAACUACAAUUUUUUCUUUUUCUUAAAUAUUCUGUUCCUGAAGAAAAUGGGGAAAAAAGGUUGUAUUUUCUUAACAAUUUAAACCAGUUAA